AUGGUUUCAGCUGAUAACCUCAAUCUCGACGUUCUGGGGCUCAUAUUUGCCUUUAUCAACUCAAAAUAUGAUCAAGCGUCGAUUGCUCUGGUCAGCCGGUCAUUCUUGGCUGCAGUGACACCAAGGCUCUAUGCGGUGCUGUACUAUACGUUUCAUGAGGCAAAACGGUAUCCUACGCUAAUGACCCCAUUUGCCACCAUAAUUUCGCAUCCACAUCUCGGGGUUCAUGUACGACACGUCGAUAAACCAAGCCUGAGUAACCUUCGGAUUAACGGAUCUAUGCCAACACAAGCGGCCCAGAAACUUGUACAAGUCCGUGGUCUAGUAAAGCUGGCUAUCGACCACGGAUCAUGGAAUCUAUUGGACAUACUACCUUCAUGGACGUCGAAUCUGAAACAAACUCUAUCCUCUCUCACUCUGAGCAAUUGCACCGAGGUCAACGACGCCGUUUUGCGUCCCAUCCUUGCCGAUCUUCCCGCAUUGACAGAGCUCAAUAUCAUCAGUUGCUCUCGAUUUGACCACAAUCACGUUUUACGCCUUCUUCAUCUUACGCCUAAUCUCGAGCAUUUGGGAUUCACAUUGACGGAUAACUCGUGCACUACAGACUUCCUUCCGUUCACACUACGCCGUCUUAGACAUCUAGCGUUUGACACGAAGUGCUCGACGAUGGCAUCUCCAUUAUCCUCUCUCGUCACGAUUGUUAUGGGGCAUAUCAAUUCGGCUUCUCCUGCGCUCACAUCCUUCUCUGCAAAACUCUCAGAUCGCCUUGCAGCGAACGAAUUCAUCGAAGCACUAGUUAACGAACACGGUUUAACCCUGAGGACGCUGGUCUUCGUCGGUAGUCCAAUUGCGUUCACGAACGCCCUCACACGGUCAUUUACCCUAACCACCCUCGUGGACUUGGGCGAUAUAUCGCAUUCAGUGCACAGCAACCAGGUGUCACUUACCACCGACAGUGCCUACCAUUUGAUGGGACAUGUCCGGCAGUUGAAGAAGAUUGUCAGUGGCGGCAGAACAUGGACAGGUAAACGAGGGCAGGAAAACGAACUUACGGUGACCCUAGAUCGUCGACGAGCAUACAGGCCUGAGAAAUAUUGGUUUCAACCUCGCGAUUAG